AUGUCUUUUGAAAGAGGUGAAGUCUAUGGUACACAAGUCCUUCCAGGCGAACAGCCUCAGGACAACUCCUUCAAUGAGGUUACCAAAGCGUUCCGUUCGUUCAUUCUUGAAUUCCGCCUUGACUCCCAUUUUGUCUACAGAGACCAAUUGCGUGAAAACUUGCUCAUCAAGAACUACUUCCUUAAAGUCAACUCUGAACAUCUCAUCAACUUCAACGAAGUGUUGAAUAAGAAGUUGACAGAUGACCCUGCGGAAAUGAUUCCGCUCUUUGAAAGCGCCAUCACCGAUAUCGCUAAGAGAAUCACCUACUUGUCCAAUGAAGAAGUCCCUGUCGAUUUCCCCAACUGUCAGUUGAUUUUGUAUUCGAAUGCUAGUAAAACAUCCAUCAGAAACUUGGACUCAGAACACAUCUCUAAGAUCGUUAGAGUCAGCGGAAUUGUCAUAUCUGCCUCUGUGUUGUCCUCGCGUGCCCUUCAAGUUCAACUUAUUUGUAGAGCUUGUAAGCAUACGAUGAAGAUCAAGGUCAAAUCUGGCUUUGGACAGCUCAACUUACCACCUAAAUGCCAAGGGGCUCACAAUUUCGACGAGAGUGGUUCACAGGAAAAAUGUCCACCAGAUCCUUAUGUCAUUGUUCACGACAAAUCGAGCUUCAUCGACCAGCAGGUGUUGAAGUUGCAAGAGUCACCUGAUAUGGUACCUGUGGGUGAAAUGCCCAGACACAUUCUUCUUCAGGCUGAUAGAUACAUGGCUAAUCAAGUUGUACCAGGUACUAGAGUCACUAUUGUCGGUAUCUACUCGAUCUUCCAAGCCAAACAAAGGUCUCAAGGAAGCGUAAACAACGUGGCUAUCCGUAAUCCAUAUUUAAAAGUCCUUGGAAUCCAGACUGAUGUCGAUAGCGGAGUCAAUGGGCAGGGAAUUACGUUCAGCGAAGAAGAAGAAGAAGAAUUCAUUAAGUUAUCGAGGUUGCCCAACUUGUACGACGUUUUCUCUAAGUCUAUCGCUCCAUCUAUUUAUGGUAACGAAGACAUUAAGAAGGCUAUCACCUGUUUACUUAUGGGUGGUUCCAAGAAGAUCUUGCCAGACGGAAUGAGAUUAAGAGGAGACAUCAAUCUCUUACUUCUUGGUGAUCCAGGUACAGCCAAGUCGCAAUUGUUGAAGUUUGUAGAAAAGAUCUCGCCUAUUUCUGUCUACACUUCGGGUAAGGGUUCUUCUGCAGCUGGUUUGACUGCUUCCGUUCAAAGGGACCCCCAGACCAGAGAUUUCUAUUUGGAAGGUGGUGCUAUGGUUUUAGCCGAUGGAGGUGUUGUGUGUAUUGAUGAGUUCGACAAGAUGAGAGAUGAAGACAGAGUAGCUAUCCACGAAGCUAUGGAACAACAAACCAUCUCUAUCGCCAAAGCUGGUAUUACUACAAUCUUAAACUCGAGAACCUCUGUACUUGCAGCUGCUAAUCCAGUCUUUGGUAGAUACGAUGAAUUCAAGAGUCCUGGCGAAAACAUCGACUUCCAAACUACCAUCUUGUCGAGAUUUGAUAUGAUUUUCAUCAUCAAAGAUGAUCACAACGAGCUGAGAGAUAUGUCCAUCGCCAAGCACGUUAUGAAUGUCCACACCGGUGGAAAGAUACAAGAACAGAACCAAGAAGGUGAAAUUCCUAUCGAAACUAUGAAGAGAUAUAUCCAGUAUGCCAAGUUGAGAUGUGCACCACGAUUGAGUCCUGAUGCUUCGGAAAGAUUGUCGUCUCAUUUUGUGUCCAUUAGAAGAAGAUUACAAAUCAACGAAGCCGAUAUGAACGAAAGAUCGUCUAUUCCUAUCACUGUCAGACAAUUGGAAGCUAUUAUCCGUAUCACUGAAUCUUUGGCCAAGUUGACUUUGUCUCCAGUAGCCACCGAAGAACAUGUAGAAGAAGCAAUUAGACUAUUCACAGCAUCUACCAUGGAUGCCGUAGAUCAAGGUAUCGCUAGUGGUGGCUCUGGUGAUGCUACCCUAAACGCAGAGAUUAAGAAGGUAGAACACGAGUUGAGAAGAAGAUUACCCAUUGGUUGGUCCACAGCUUACAACACCUUAAGAAAAGAAUUUGUGGAUUCAGGUAGGGCAACUCCUGCUGCAUUAGACAAGGCACUCUACAUCUUGGAGAGACACGAGGUCAUCAGAUUGAGACACCAGGGGAAGAACAUCUUGCGUGUUGGUGUAUAA